ACUGUCAGAGAUGGAUGAGUUUAUAUACAGGUAUUUUAAAAAAAGACAAAAAAGAAGAAGAUUUGGUGCACCAAAAUUAACCUUCUUCACUUCUUCAGCCAAAAAAGGUUCAUUGCUACAGGCACCGUGAUCACUCUCUCUCCCUCUCUAGAAUCUACUGGAGUCCAGUCGAGGCAGAAUGAAUCUUCGGCCCAGGCAGAAACAGCCCUUUUCCGGCUUCACCAAAGCCGAGGUUCAGAAAAUGGAGCAAUUACUUCACGACUCGAACAAACCGUCCCUGGAUAUGGAUUACUUUAAGAAUUUGGCAAAAGUUUUCAAUCGUUCGAGUAAUCGUGCGGGGAAGCCUAUUCUGAAAUGGACUGAGAUCCAGAAUUGGUUUCAGACGAGGCAAGAAUACCACCUUUCUGAAGAGACUUCGUUGAAUGGAGCCGAGGAAAUACAUGUCGUCCCAGAUGCUCUUAAUCAGACUAAAGCAACUGAAAUCCCAGAAAUGUUUGAAGGUCCGAAGGGCCAAGAUGUACCCAAUUUGGAGUUUGAAGCUAAGUCAUCAACAGAUGGGGCAUGGUACGACGUUGAUACGUUUCUCUCCCACAGAUUUCUUAGUUCCGGGGAAAUUGAAGUCUAUGUACGAUAUAUUGGGUUUGGAUCAGUGCACGACGAAUGGGUGAAUGUGAAAAAAGACGUGAGGGAACGUUCGGUUGCUUUGGACCACUCAGAAUGCCACAAACUGAAGGUUGGGGAUCCGGUAGUGUGCUUCCAGGAGAGGGGAGAUCAAGCAAGAUACUACGAUGCUCAUGUGGUUGAUAUUCAAAGGAGACUGCACGACAUAAGAGGCUGCAGGUGUCUUUUCUUGAUCAGCUACGACCACGACAACACACAGGUAAAAAAAUUUACUGUCUCGCCUCUUCUGUUGCCAGAUAGCCAAUGGCGUCGAAUCUAUGCUGUAUUUGUCGGGUUUGUUUUGUGUCGUGAUAGGAGGGAGUGCGCUUGAGGAGGUUGUGUUGUCGGCCUAACAUGCUAGUGCGGCUGGAGAAUAGUUAGCUCGAGCAAUAUACAGGUCUCGAUCUGGCUGAAGGCGUCGCGUCGUGCCUUCGCCUCGUAGGUUUGCGUUUCCUUUUGAUAGGUAGCAAUCGUAUUGGAUAUUUGGACAGCUAAAGAAGUUAUCUUUUUGAAGCUUAAUGUUAAUGGAUGUUCUAAUGCAGAUGAUAUAAUCUAUUGGAAUGUAUAUUAGCAUUGCUAGCUAUAAUUUGAUCAUUAUAGUAAUUUAUUUUUAUGUGGAUAAA